AGACUCAGACCCGAAAACAUGCUGUGCAGGCGGGCGUGGCACAGGCUCGGACCCCUGCUCCGGACAACUUACACAUCCAGAAAAUCUCAGGGGCGACAUGCGUCCUUUGGGGUUCCUGGUGGAUCCACAAACCUGACGUAUUAUGUUCUGUGUGGAGGAAGCCUCACCGCUGCGAUGGUCUAUGCCUACAAGACCAUCACUGCUGAUAGUGAGAGUUUUGAGGACGGACACACCAGCAUGUCCUCCAAAAGAAAAACAGCUCUUUUAGCACCUGAGGCAAUAACUGCAGCGGCUGAACGUGUCAGCGUGGAAGAGGUGGUGACAGCCGCUGAGGUCAACGCUGAGUCUGUCUCUGCUCCCGCGGUGUCAGAAAACGCUGUCACGGCGGGCGAACAAACAGCGGCACUGAUGGCUGAGGUGGCUGCAGACAUCGAGGCUGUCGGAGAGACGCCUCCACUUACUGCUGCUGUUGCCACGGAUGUCGCUGCUGUGGAGGAGACACCAGCAGAGGACGCCACCACAGAGAGUGCCGGAAUGGUUCCAGAUCUGCUGACAUCUGUUAAGAUGCUGGUUGGCCCUCCAGUUGAGAUUGCUGCAGCUUCUGUUGGGGAGGCGAGCAUGAUGACAACUGUCCAGCAAAUUACAAGUGAUGGUAUGGGGUUAGAUUCCACAGUGGAGAUCCAGGGACCGGGUGUCCCAGACUCAAGUCCAGAAGUGGUUGCUGAAGAGGUGUCAGAGGCAACAGCUUUUGUCGUGAAUGUGGAGGAGCUGAAGUCCACAGAGGUUUCUAGUGGCUCCACUGAAGAAGCUCCAGUUGCAUCAGAAGCCACUGAAGAGGAGGAAUCUGCUCCAGCUUCAGCUGAGGAGGACAAGCUAUUGGUUGAAGUUGAGAGGCUGGUAGCUGCCACAGAGGAAAGCACAUCUGCUGAGGAGGUCAGUGCCGAGGUGCUAAAUGCUGCUGAUGAAGCUGUGUGGUCAGAUCACACGCUUGAUGUUGAGACAACAGUGGAGGAAGCAGCAGAUGAAGCUUCAGCAGAAGGUCCAGAUAAGGUAGCAUCAGUUAAGGAAGCAGGAUCUACAUUAGAGUCUACUGAGGCUGUGGACUGCCACUGCUGUCCUCCACCACCAGGAGUGGAGGUGGUGCCACCUGCUGUCCAUGAAAGAGAGGUCCAUGUCCAUCUGCUCAGUGAGGGAGCUGAAGAUUCAGCAGAUGAUUCCCAGGAUGAGACCACGUGCACUGUCAGUGAAAGGGUUUAAUACACUCGCUUACAUGUGCAGAGCACGACUGGUAGUUGGAGACCACAGACCGAUUCCUGCAACAAAACAUCAAUCAGGACAACUCUAAUACAACAUGUGAUGCAAUAUUGUCGACGUGUGUUAAUGUAGAAAUGUUGUUCAUUCAAACUAACGAAGAUAUGAAACAAGUAGAAGAAUGACAAC